CGCCUCCUCCUCCCCCCGCCGCCGGCCGCCGCAGCUCGGAUCCUCACCCCCUCCCUCCCUCUCGGCGGCAGCAUGUCGAGAGCCGUGGCGCGUCGCUCUCUGCCGCCGUUCCUGAGGCUGCGCUCCCCGCCGUGCGACGACGGCUACUGGAUCGGCAGGCUGGACCACAAGGACUGGCUCUCCCCCAACGAGGUGCUCAAGAUCUUCGCGAGCAUCGGGGACCCCCGCCUCAUAGCCAGCUCCUUCCGUAGGGCGUGCGGCCGGAGAGAUUACAAGCCCAGCGAGGCCCUCUACAGCCUGAUGAUCGACAGGCUCGCCGGCUGCAGGAGGUUCGGCGACGUGGAGGAGCUGCUGGCCAUGGCCAGGGCCGAGAGGUUUAGGUUUUCCGACGAGUUCUUCUACAGGCUGAUCAAGAUGUACGGCAACGUGGCCAACCACCCCGAGAAGGCCAUCGAGACGCUCUUCGCGAUGCCCGGGUGCGGCUGCUGGCCGUCGACCAAGACGUUCAACUAUGUUCUUCACAUGCUUGUGUGUAGGAGGCAGUAUGAGGUUGUCCAUGAGGUUUACUUGAGCGCGCCAAGGUUGGGGGUGACAUUGGACACCUGCUGCUUCAACAUUCUUGUCAAGGGCUUGUGUCAGUUCGGUCGAUUCGAUGAUGCGAUCUCGCUGCUGAAUGAGAUGCCGAAGCAAGGUUGCGCGCCGAAUGCGACGACCUACUCUACGUUGAUGAAUUUCCUCUGUCAGAGUGGUCAGGUGGAUAGAGCAUUCGAGCUUUGUGAGAGAAUGCAGGAGGAGGAUAUCGCUGCGGAUACAAUUGUCUACAAUAUUUUGAUAUCUGGUCUUUGCAGAGAACAAAGGGUAACAGAGGCAUUCGAUCUGUUUAAGUCAAUGGUGCCUAAGGGCUGCUACCCCAAUUCAGGGACAUAUCAGGUGCUUCUUGAUGGCCUUUUGAGCUCAGAAAUGUUUUUAGAGGCGAAGGGCCUUGUUAGCAUGAUGAGUGCAGAACGUAUGAGGCCUGGUUUCUCAUCAUACAAGCUACUAAUAGAUGGACUUUGUAAUGUUAACUGUGUGGAUGACGCACAUCUUGUCUUGAAGCAAAUGGUGGAGCAAGGUUUUGUUCCUCGGGUGGGUACUUGGACAAAACUUGUUACAUCAGUCUGCUAGAUUGUGUUCUCAUACCAGUGAUUCUUAGGAUAACUCAAAUAUUCAUAUGGUAUAUCCCUUUCUGAUAUGGUAACUUGGGACUAUUGGGGUCUCAGAAUGAUCAAGACAUGUUCACUAGUUCUAUGUAUGAUCAGAGCUGAGAUAGAUCUGGACUUUGUGAAGCUGGGAAAAGAAUAGUUUUCAUUUGUUGAUCUUCACUCUAGCAGUCUUGUCUUUGCAUCAUCUUCUCUUGGAUAAUUGCGUCUGCAGCUUCUUGCAAUUAAAUUUCAUGCACACAAUCUGGACUGGAAGAUGCAUGCCCUGAGGUAUUUUUUGUUGUUUUUUACAUCUUGAAGUGCAGAGAUGGUAUUGUUUUUCUCACAUCUAUACAUUUCUUUCUGGGAAACAUUGUUUAUAAAAUAGUUUAUUUUUUUGCCUUUUUUCCUUCAGUAUGUGAUUGCUGAACCAUGAUCAGUAAACUUAUGUUCCUGCCUUCCUGGGUUUCACUGACGUCUGUGAGACCCUCACUCUAGUUUUUUUGAACUGCAAGUGGUGAAAUUUCAAUCACAAUGACAGAUGUAGUUUGAAUUAUUUUUGUUACAGUUUUCAGAGGAUGUACUAUGUAGAAAAGAAUCUGGUGUGGUAAAGAAGUAACUGAAUGUACAACAUGGUUGUAUAGAAGAACUUUCAGUUCAGAAGUUGUGAUUAAAGGCAGAGGAGACCAAGAAAUUGGUGCAUGAUGCAAGAAAUUGUCAUUCUUUUGUUUUCCACACAUGCAAGGCAACUUCUUGUUGUGCGUUUCUAUAUUAUCAAUUUCCAUCUCUGGAUUGCCCAACAAGCCGACAGUUGUCUAUCUGUUGAUCAGGAACUAGCCUUGGUCAGUUGAUCUAAGGAGCAACAGGGAUUGGAGAACGACGUGCCAUGGGCCCAUGGCUGCCAGUCUCCAUGGACCAAGCUGAAGAUGAUGGAGCUGGUAUGGAUGCUGUGAAGGAGCUUCACCUCAAUGGAAAAGAAACUCAUUUCCAUCUACUUGUUCUAUCUACUACUACUACACUGGAUAUGCCUUUCCAAAUUAUCAGAGCGCUGAACUUAUGGAGAGCUGCUGAGUUGUGUCCAUGCUGAUGAACUGAUACUCAGUUUGCAAAUGCCAACAAGACAGCCAGUCAGCCACUGCAUAUGAGGCCAUCACAAUGUGCAGCAAUCUCCCAGCACAUGCAGCAGGAAUCAGACAUGGUGUUCUGGUGCUGGAAAGUUCAGGUUUUGGCUGCUUUCGCUCCAUUUUAAGUCCAUUUCAAUUCAGCCUGUGACCACUGAAACGUGACUAUCAUCCGCUUGCUGUGUUUCCCCCUACCUAACUACAGUACCAAAUGCAUCAAUCAUUCUCUUGAUCUGAACAAUUGAACAUUUCGAUUCAAUGAGCCCAUCAUAAGACGUGCACUGCUUCUGUGCUCCUCCGAACGCACAAAGAUCCAGCAAAAAGAUAAACAAGAAAUUUACAAGUUAGGCAGGAUGCCAGGAUGCGAUCUAUGCUUGCAAGUGCAUGCACAGCCUGAAGCCCAAUCAGAGGAGCAGCCACUGAAGAUUCCCAGAAAGAAAUAAAUAAGAGAAAGGAGGAAACGGACGUAAUUGGAUGCAAAAUAGUCCAAGUGCUGACGUCUAUUUAAGUUGGAAUUGUUAGAGAGGCCUGGUUUGUUGGAGGCUGCACCACACGUAAUUUGAUAAUUGCACUGAUGAAUCGGUCGGCUAGGUAAAAACAAAAGGAAAGGAAUCCAGGAGCAUCUUGGCAGAAAUGUGGAGCUUUGACUUGGCACAAAUCUGAUGCCAUUCGCAGUUUAUUAUCGCUGCCAUGGCAAGCUAAAUAUAUAUUUUUUGUGUGUAGAUACUCCUCGCAAGCAAACCGUAAGUUGAUCCUUUGGAAAUACAUAAAGUUGUUUCUUCGAUUGAAUAACGACGUAAGCACAAGAACAGUGUAUUUUUACUUAUUUGCAAAACCCCACAAUUACAUUGCCUCCAAACCCCCAUCGUAGGGCAUAUUAUGUUUUGUAAAAACACCCCCAUCGUUUACC